AUGGACAAGUCAAAAAAUUCAAGCGAAACAAUAAAAAUGAGAAAAAAGGAGCCGAAAAAAAAAUUUAGCAUCUGGAAAAUAAUAAAAACAUAUUUUGAAAACUCAAGUCUUCAUGGAAUAGGAUAUCUUGUUGACGAAGAGCUCCACUGGUCAGAAAAAAUUUUUUGGAUGAUUGCCUGCGGUCUGAGUUGGUGGCUCUGUACUUCAUUAAUCAUGGGGAUUAUUUCUGACUUUAUAACUCGUAAAGUGGCAAUUACAAUGGACACAGAUUAUUUAAAAUGGGAAGUUAAUUUCCCAGCGCUUCAUUUUUGUUUUUCUUUCAGCUCCCGAGCCAGAGAUUAUGCAACAGAAAUUACAGGUAUCAAUCCUCGCAAAGCAUCAAUUUUAAGUCGUUUAAGUCACUGGGCAAAAAUGGGGUACGACGGGUCACUUCCAAAACCAAUAACAUCCGAAGAAUUUUUCCAAUUAGGAAAAUAUGUAAAACCCAACUGCGCUGAUAUUUUUGGAGUCUGCAUAUGGAAUGACGAAGUAAUUGAUUGCUGCAAGCUAUUUUUUCCAUUAUCAACAAAUCUCGGGCACUGUCUUUCAUUCAAUAGUCUUCACUCAAAACUUCCCGAUGAUCCUCAUCUUCCUAAAUUCACAAUGGAUCACCAUAAAAAAAGUGCGAGGUUUAUAAUUUAUCCCAACAAAACAAAUUACUGGAGUGCAUCACAUCCUUACUUUAAUUGGGGCAAUCCAACUCCAACAGUCUGGGAUAUAACUCAAAUACCCACCUACAAUGAGCCUGGAGUUUACUCUCUGUCCAUAGAAGACCGUCGAUGUCGAUUUCCCGCAGAAGCUGAUAAUUUAUUUCUUCUAAAAACUUACAACUACCACGCAUGCAUGCUCGAGACUCAAAUUAAAAAAUUUAACUCGAGCUGUGGAUGUGUGGGUCAUCUUUUUCCCUAUUCAAAAGAAUUUAAAACGUGUAAUUCUACGGAACUUAAAUGUGGAUUUGAAAACAGAGAUGCUAUUGUUCAAGUGGAAAAUGAUAAUUGUUUACCAGAUUGUGAAGAAAUAAUAGUCAUUCAAGAUCGCAAUACUUUGGACGAAGACAAUAUUCCACCUUGGGCUGUGACUAAAUUAGAAUUUAAUAUGUUACCUGGUCCAGUUAAGCGCUAUGAGCGGUACACUGUUUUUUCACUGCUAGAUAUUGUAGUUUCAGUAGGAAGCGCAUUGGGUCUCUUUGUUGGUGCAAGUGUCCUUAGCAUUGUUGAAAUUCCGUAUUGGCUUUUCAUACGACGUGAUGCAGAUUAA